AUGAGUUCUGUGUGCAAGUGUUUGUUCAACCACCAACUGGACCAGAAGCCUGCAGGGGCCAAGCCCACGAAAUCCGAAAUAGAGGCAUUGUCCCCGCUAAAGGGCCCCUUUGAUGACCCUGGAGAUGGGCCAAAGUCCACUUAUUACAGCGCCGAAGAGGCCAAGGGGACUUGGCAGUCUCUGCGGACACUAAGCGGCCUCAUUCACACCACCUUUAGCACGGAGCUCAUGGCUGUUUUUCUGGAUCUUCAGGGCUGA